GUAUAUAAUAAGCUCAUUUGUCUUCCUGGUAACUAUUAAUACGAUUUGCCGUUAUAUUUUUGGCGUGGUUAGACCUACCAUAUAAGUCAUUUUCUAAAAAAAAAACACAGAAGCUAUAAAACAGAAAUAUUUGUUUUGCCUGUCUGUAGUAUAUGACUUAUCUUGUCAGGCAAUAAAAAAAUAAAUACAUUAACUGCAAAAUAGAAGCGGCGUUCUCUGUUUGGGUAAACAGAAGCCGAAGCCCCUCCUCGCAUCUUCCCAACUAGCCAAUCAACACGCAGUCCGGACGGAAGUGGCAUAUUUGAAAACUUGUCAGUUGGAGGCGAGCCUUUAUUGACCGACUUCUGUAAAACAACAACAAUAAUAAAGGAUUAACGCAAUUGACAUCACAAACAAGAUGGAGGAAGAGGAACAUACAGCCAGAAAGCAGAAACUUGCCAUGGUUUGCCAGAAGCUCAGCAAAAUAAAAAAAUAUCUAAAUGAAGAUGACACUGACAAUAUUAACCAGAUCAUCAGCUCAAAGUCGCCUGAAGCCUGUCUUUCGUAUUUGAAGGAUCUGGAAAAGAAAGGGGAUCCUCACUUGGAUUCUACUCAUCUCACCAGACUCAUUAAUUUUUACACCAAAGUGUUCUCCAAUAUGCCGUUACGAGUUCACUGCCAAAAUGAGAGCUAUGCCACAAUGUUGGUCAGAUUUGCUCAGCUGAAAGUAAUUCAAGAUGUUAAUGAGGCAGAGGCCAAUUUCAACGUGGCAAGAUCGAACAGCCAGAACUUUGCAUUUGUCCAUAUUGCACAUGCAGAGUUUGCACAUUCUCAAGGCAAGACAAAAAGAUGUAUGUACAUAUUGCAUAAUGCAAUUGAACUGGGUGCCAAACCAAAAGAGCUGCUCGAGGCUGCCUUGCAGAGGUUGCAAGUGGAGAAAAUGCAAGGUGUUCCUUCAGAGGACAAGGAAAAUGACCCACAGUUCUUCAACUGUACCACACAUGAGUCUGUUAAAAAGGGCUCAGACUUCCAAAAAGGAAGGAGGAUGUCAGAUGAGACAGGUGACUUGUAUCUGUCAAGCAUUUUUAAUUCAGGAAGCGAACCUUCAUCAGAGGACUUGCUGCUGAACUGGAGAUCGGCAUCCCAUCGCAACAGGGCUGUUGGCUUGCCAGGCAGAGUUCCCAUUGUUCCUUUCUCCAUCUCAGAAAAGGAUGAUGAUGAUGAUGAUGAUGGCAAUAACUUUAAUGGGAGGCCAUCAAACAAAAAUGAUGCGUCAGUUGUCAAGAAUUUGCCCAGGCAAACAUCUGAUUCCUGCAUCAACACAACAUUUGAUCUAUCCUCUUCCAGGAAAAGUGCUGUUGAUGACGAUUUUGUGCCAACCUCUGUAACUCCAGAGCAUCACACUCAGCAUGACCAGGGCUCCACAACCACACGUCUGCACACGCAUGAUACAAAGGACACCCUGAAAUUGGAUGAUAUAACUUACAAUUUUGAACAGGUCAUCAGUUCAAAUUCCCCCGAGUCAUGCUGGUCUUACCUGGUGAACCUGGAAAAAAGAGGAAACCCUCAUACAGAUGUCGGCCUCCUUAAUAAACUGAAGGAUUGUUAUUCCAAAGUCUUUUCCCGCUUGCCGAUAAGAAAAUACAGCAAGAACUCCACUUAUGCAAGAAUCCUGGUCAGAUAUGCAGAACUCAAGGGCAUCCACGACCCAGAGGAAGCUGAGGACUAUUUCAUAGUUGCCAGGUCCAACUGCAAAGCCUUUGCAUUUGUCCACAUUGCACAUGCUCAGUUUGAGCUUUCUCAAGGAAAUGUGGCCAAGGCGACGACAAUACUUCUGAAAGCCCAGUCAUUAAAUGCCACACCAGCUGAGCUGCUGGAAGUGGCUCUGCGGAACCUGAAAAGUGGAGAGAAACAACUUGUUACCACUAAGAGGGAUCAAACCCUCACAGAUUUUGAGAUGAAUGUGUCAACUUCGGGGGGACACCAGGACCCGCAGCAUCCCGCUGGAGUUCCAGUGGGCCAGCUCAAACCUGCAAGCAAGGACGGUGUUUCAGAAUGGAAAAUGCCAAUGCUGAUGAAGCAUGUUUCUCCAGAGGAUAAACGUAUAUCACCACCCGCUCCCAAACUGGUUCCGUGUGUGCCAACUCCACCUGUUACUGUUCCAUCAAAAUUAAAUCCACAAAUUGUCUGCCAGACUCCAAACAACGACAGAAAUCCAUGUGCUAACAGCUUCAUUACACCUAUUGUAAAGAAAUACCCCAGAGUGUCGAAUUCCUCUGCAGUAGCAACGCAUAGAGUUGGACCUCCUGUUCAGCACCCAUGCACGCCCUUGAACCAAGUGUCUGGUUUUCAAACUCCACAGGCUUCCUUUACUACACCACCUAAUGAAUCCAUUACCAUCAAGGGCAGGCAGUUCUUCAUUCUUAAGAUGAUCGGACGAGGGGGAUCCAGCAAGGUGUACCAGGUCCUGGAUCAGACAAAACAUUUGUUUGCUGUUAAAUAUGUAGACCUGGAGGAGGCAGAUGUUCAAACUGUGGAAAGUUACAAAAAUGAGAUUCAACAUCUGAACCACUUGCAGCAAUACAGUGAUCAAAUUAUUAAACUGUAUGACUAUGAAGUAACUAACAAGUACAUUUAUAUGCUGAUGGAGUGCGGAAAUUUGGAUCUGAAUACUUGGCUACGGAACCGAAAAACUGUGAAUCCACUUGAGAGGAAAUUCUACUGGAAGAAUAUGCUUGAGGCCGUCCACACUAUCCACAAACAUGGCAUUGUGCACAGUGACUUGAAGCCAGCAAAUUUUGUCAUUGUAAAUGCGUCACUGAAGCUAAUUGACUUUGGCAUCGCAAAUCGCAUCCAGCCAGAUGUGACGAGCAUCAUGAAAGAUUCCCAAGUUGGAACCCUGAACUAUAUGCCUCCUGAAGCAAUUAAAGACACUUCAUCCCAGCAUGGGAAAACCCGCUCAAAGAUAAGUCCCAAAGGGGAUGUGUGGUCCCUUGGCUGUAUCUUGUACUGUAUGACCUAUGGGAAGACUCCAUUCCAAAGCAUCACCAAUCAAAUCACCAAACUACAAGCCAUCAUUGAUCCCUCCCAUGAGAUCGAAUUUCCUGACAUCUCUGAGAAGGAUUUACUGGAUGUGUUGAAGAGGUGCCUCGUCCGAAAUCCCAGAGAGCGAGUAUCUAUUGCAGAGCUGCUAGAGCAUCCAUACCUCCAAUUGAAGCCACACCGGUCUCCAGAACCAGAACGUCAUUGUGACAAUGAUCUAAAGAAAAUUCUGACCGAUCUUGCAGCCCUCCAGUCUCCCAACAGCAUCAUACGAGCUGCUAAUAAUCUGGCCAAAAUGUGCAGCAGCGGCAAGAAGCUGGAUGUGGCAGAGUGUGCCAAAUCAACCUGAAAAUGCAAUGUAAAUAUGUUUUUUAUGUAUGUAUAUAAAUAGAAGCAGUAAAAAUAUAUUCGGCAAGUUGCGGAACUAACAGAGGUAGAGGUUUUUUUUUUCCUCUUGUAAAAUUGGGUCUUUUUUUCUCAGCCCAUUUUUUUUCUCAAUUUUUUGCUAAUGUCCUGUUAUAUGCAUGUCAACAAUAAACAUAAUGUAUCCCCAGUGGCGGAGCCAGACAUUUUUCAUUGGGAUCGCCAAGUCCAAGACUAUUUCUCACAUAGGCCUGGCAAUGAGUUGAUACCUGAAUUGUCUAGAUGGCCAGAAAAUACUCUACUACUACUAGUACUAUUCUUGUAGCUCCGCCACUGUGUCCUCAGGAGUUCUGUCUUAGCUGCGUGUGUUGCUGUAAUUCCCACCAGUGUCAUGCUCAUUCAUAAAGAGGUUCAAA